AUGGGCAGCGGCGGCGACGUCGAGGCGCCGGGCGACGGCUCGAGCGGCGACGAGAAGGCGCCCGAGUCGAGCGACUCCGAGGACGACGGUUCCGGGUCGGCGCACGACGAGGUCAAGGAGCCGGAGCGGCGGUCGGGCAAGGCGCGCGGGGCCGCCGUGAACAAGGGCAAGGACCCGAACGCCGUCGCGCACGACGGCGCGGCCGGCGGCCGCGGCCGCCGGCGGUCGUCGGCGUCGACGACGGAGGCGCCGCGCGUGACCGUCGUGACGGAGGUGCCGGACUUCGUCGCCAUCCCCGUCGUCAAGUUCCACCUCCGCAAGGAGGCGGCGACACAGGCCGCGUACCAGGUCGUCAUCGCGCUCUACGUGCAGCAGGCGUUCCACGGGAAGAUCGGGGAGAUCCAGGACAUCAAGGGCUUCGUCGCGCUCGCCUCGGACAUCGUCUUCGCCGCGUUCUACCUCGGCGCGGCCGCGACGAUCACGGGCGCGUACUACUGCGGCUACGCGAUGCUCUUCGUCGCCUUCGUCCACGGGUCGAGCGAGAUCCCGCCGGCGGUGCUCACGGCCUACGAGGAGUCGACGUUCGGGUCGCAGCUCGCGCUGUCGGCGCACGGCCGCGACCAGAAGCUGCUCCACAAGCGGCGCGCCGCGUGCGCGUACUUCUACCGCGGCCCCGGCCUCGCGAUGGCGGACGUCGCGGGCAUCCGGACCAUGGCGCUCGAGAUCUGCGGCACGACGUUCCUGAGCGCCGCGCUGCUCACGCUCGCGUCGACGCUGCGCGGCGCCGCGCUCUACGUCGAGAUCGGCCGCGGCGCGCUGCCGUUCCUGAACCCCGUCGUCUUCAAGAAGGGCAUCCUGCGCACCUUCCCCGUCCACUUUGGGGGCGAGGGCGCGCCGAAGCAGCUCCGGCGCCUGCUCACGAACUGCCUCUGGUGGACGGGCGUCUUCGGCGGCUCCGCCGUCGCGGGCCUGCUCGUCGUCGUCAUGGGCGCCAUGGCCCAGCUCGGCGUGACCUACGAGGUCGCCAUCGGCGGCCUCUACUGGGUCUGCAUCAAGGUCCCCAUGGCGCUGCUCCUCUGCCUCGGCGUCGCCCUCAUGUGCGCGCUCCAGAUCUGCGCCGACGCGGAGCGGGACCAGAAGACGCGCGACGAGCUCCGCGAGGACGCCGCGAGCCGCAAGUACAGCGGCUACGAGGAGGACAAGCCCAAGCCCAAGCCGAAGAAGAAGGCCCCGGGCGACGACAGGGACGACGUCGAGCUCGAGACGUGGGAGCCCGACGACGACGAGGGCGACGGCGACGGCGCGGAGCUCACGUUCGGCGACUACAGCGCGGCGGGCGCGCCGGGCGCGGCGCGGCGCCGCGCGGACCCGACGCGCUUCGACCAGCACGUCCACGUCCACUUCCUCGGCGUCGAGCUCUUCAACGUCGACGCGAGCCACCCCUUCGUCAAGCGCAUGGACAAGCUCGAGCGCGACCGCGAGGCGGCGCGCGCGCGCGCGGAGCGCGUCAAGCGGCGCCUCCGCCGCCGGUCCACGGCCGCCGAGGACGGCGUCCCCGUCGAGUCGUCGUCGAGCGACGACGACGACGACGGCGCGGGCGACGCGAACGUCCACUUCGGCGACUACGGCGGCGCCCGGGGCGACGCGGCGGACGGCCGCCGCGGCCGCCGCGGCAAGAAGGGCGGGCUCAAAUGCACGCAGUACGAGGAGAAGAUGAUCGCGGAGCUCAGCGCCGCGCGAGACCACUUCGUCGAGGACGUCGACGGCGAGGGCGACGACGGCGGCGACGGCGGCGACGAGAGCGAGGGCGGCGCCGCCGCGCCGCGCCCGCGCGACGACGUCGCGCGGCUCGACGGCGACGCGGCGAGCCCGCUCCGGUUCCAGAGCCUCGCGGCGCCCGGCACGCUCCGCGGCCUCGAGGAGCCGCUCCUCGGCGACGCCGUCCCCGUGCCCGUCCGCGGGGGCGCGCUGCGGUUCGCGGGCGCGGGCGCCGCGGCGCAGGCGCGCGCGUUCGCUGCGACGGGCCUGAGCAACGGCCGCCCCCUGUACCUCCAGGUCGCGCGCCUUCCGCCGGGCCGCCGGUCGCGGGUCCACGCGUGCGCGAGCCUCGAGUUCGCCUACGUGCUCGCCGGCGACGUCGUCGACGCGGCCCGGGCCGGGCCGCGCCUCGACGCCGCGCCGCUCGCGGCGGCGGACCCGCGCGUCGCGCCGCUCGCGGCGACCGACGCCUUCGAGCGCCGCGCCGCGCGCGCGGGCGAGUUCCUCGCGGGCCCCGUCGGCGCCGUCCGCCAGCGCCGCGCGGGGCCCGACGGCGCGUCGCUCCUCCUGCUCUGGAGCGGCGCGCGCGCGCACUACAGCCCGGAGAAGGUCCUCUGCGAGAGCCGGCUCCUCCGGCCGGCCGCGGGCUGGGGCGGCGCCGUGCCCGGCCGCCUCCGGGCGGGGAACCGCGUCCCGGCGCGCCGGCCGCGGCCCGCGCCCCCCCCGCCGCCGGAGCCGCCGCGGUUCACGGCCCUCCCGCCGCCGCGCGGCGCGGCGCGGCCGACGUCCGCGCCCGCGCCGCGCCGCGACCGGUCGCCCGCGCGGACCGUGCUCCUGCCGGCCCGCGUCGACAUCGGCGACCUGCCCCCGGCUCGACCGCGCCGGGCCGCGCGGGAGGCCGGCGCCGCCCUCCCCGAGCCCCGCGUGGGGACGGGCUUCAUGCCCCCAUAG